CGUGGGCAAACACACACCCCCGCUUAAAAAGGUGGGCGAGGGGAGGAAGAGUGGACGCAUUUGUACGUUUUGACACGGUUGGAAGAAAGAACCGGUCCAAGGAGGUUAACGGGUUUUUUUUCCGCGGCUUCGCUCGGUGACGUCGAAGACGACGCGGAGUCGUUCGGUCCGUCGCCCGCUUUUCGACGCGCUCGUCAAUGUAGGGAAAUGACCGAGAGUGACCUCGAAGCGACUGCUGUGUUGUUUUCAAACGAUUAGCAUCGCCAGUGCGUUAUAUCUGAAAACAAUAACAUGCACCCGUGAUAAAGGUUUUGACCUGUAGGACGGGUUCGGUUGGGUUCAUUUGAGAGGACGGAACGGCUGUCACUACGGGGCUGGCUAAGGCUAAUUUAGAUCCCGUGUUAGCUUCGCCGCCAUUCAAUUGCUUAGCCGAAGCUAAGCUAAUUUAGCGCUUGCGCCUAGCUUCCCGGCACCCGUAGAUGCUUCGGCGAAACUAGGCCAGUUUCUCCGGUUUUUAGCGAUUCGCUUCCCCCUUGGCGUCGCUAUCUUUGCUGCUAUGGAUAAAGCAAAAUCAGUGAUGGACAAAAAGGGGGCGUCGGGACCUUUUUGCGUCAGCAACGGCCCGAGUCAGAGGAGCUACAACGGGCACAUCAACGGUUGCGGCAGCAGCGGCGCGCUCGCAUUGCCCAACAGCAGCGGCAGCGGCCAGUAUGACAACAAUCGCCAUAUGCACCGAGGGGAGAAUGUGGAGUGCAACGGCUCGCCGGCCAAGAAGAGCAGGCUACGGAGAAGGACCGAGUCGAUCAGGCGGCACAGACCCCCGUUCCCAUGGUUCGGGAUGGACAUCGGCGGCACGCUGGUCAAGAUGGUCUACUUUGAGCCGGUGGACAUCACAGCGGAAGAAGAGCAGGAGGAGGUGGAGAACCUCAAGUCCAUCCGCAAAUACCUUACCUCAAACGUGGCCUAUGGCAAGACAGGCGUGCGCGACGUCCACCUGGAGUUGCGCAACCUAACCAUGUGCGGCCGCACGGGCAACCUGCACUUCAUCCGCUUCCCCACGCAGGCCAUGCCGCUCUUCAUCCAGAUGGGCCGCGACAAGAACUUUUCCAGUCUGCACACCACGCUCUGCGCCACCGGCGGCGGCGCCUACAAAUUUGAGGAGGACUUCCGCUCCAUGGCCAACCUGGAGCUACUGAAGCUGGACGAGCUGGACUGCCUGAUCCGCGGGCUGCUGUUCAUGGAUCGGGUGGGCUUCAACGGUCACCCGGAGUGCUACUACUUCCACAACCCCUCGGACACGGAGAGCUGCGUCAAGCAGCAGUGCACGCUGGACAACCCUUUCCCCAUGCUGCUGGUCAACAUCGGUUCCGGCGUCUCCAUCCUGGCCGUCUACUCCGAGGAUGACUACAAGCGUGUCACCGGGACCAGUCUGGGAGGUGGUACAUUCCUCGGCCUUUGCUGCCUGCUGACGGGCUGCGAGACGUUCGAGGAAGCUCUGGAGAUGGCGAGCAAGGGCGACUCCACCAACGUGGACAAGUUGGUCAAGGACAUCUACGGAGGCGACUACGAGCGCUUUGGCUUGCAGGGCUCGGCCGUGGCGUCCAGUUUCGGUCACAUGAUGGGCAAAGAGAAGCGCGACACCAUCAGCAAGGAAGACCUGGCGCGGGCCACGUUGGUCACCAUCACCAAUAACAUCGGCUCCAUCGCGCGCAUGUGCGCCGUCAAUGAGAAAAUCGAGCGUGUGGUGUUUGUGGGCAACUUCCUCCGCAUCAACACGGUGUCCACCAAACUGUUGGCCUACGCUAUGGACUUCUGGUCCAAAGGACAGCUGCGAGCGCUCUUCCUCGAGCACGAGGGUUACUUCGGAGCCGUCGGUGCGUUGAUGGAGCUUCUUAAGACAAGCGAAGACCCAUGAGUGGCCUCUCGCCCUCCAAUGCUGUGAUGUCAUCAACUCUGGAAAAGCUGCGAACGCCGCAGAGGCUGCUAAAGGAAUUAUUACUACAAGAGACGACGAGAAAGCAAGAGGAACUGGGGAAAAGCCAUCGGGUGAUCGCAUGUACAUAGCCUUCAAAGCGUAGAGGUUGUAUAAUCACUAAUUUAUGCUAAUUGACUUCUUGCCUGAGUUUUUGAGCUACUGUAGCAUCUGCCCCCCUGAAAAGGGAGCGUCUAUUUAUGAUAAGAGGAACUCCAACAGAGGAUUAGCCAAAAUGUGGCUAAGAUCAUGCAAAGGUUGCCCCUCUGUGGUCAAAUAGGAAUGUCAUUGCGUAAGGCCUUUUUGCUUUUUCUUUGGCCUUGUGGCUCCCUGUGCGGACCAACCUUAUGUCUUCUUCCGAGCUACGCUUCAGGUAGCAUCUCUUCCGCAUGUCUUCGCCUUGUUUAUCGGCCGUUUCUCGCCACCCGCUCGGACCAAGACGUAGCUGUCCAUGUCCUAAUAUUUAUAGACCUGUCGCCAAACCAAUGUCCAGCAGUUAACAAAACGGUCAAGCCAAUGAGAAUGGGAACACGAGCAGGAAGUAGAAAGCCCGCCAAAGUAAAUAGUAGUAACCAUGGCCUUCUGCAUCCAUGCUAAAAGUGCAGCUAACGAUGGAGCGGCUCACACAAAUUGCUAACCAAGUAGCUAAAGGUUUGGGCAGUAAUCAUGUUAAAGCGACUGCAAUGGGAACAAAACCAGGAAGGAAACAACACUAAAGAUGGCCUUCAGCGUCCACUUGACCCGAAAUGCUAAAAGUGGACCAUCUCAAGCUCCUCUGCCACUUUCUUACGCCUUCUGUCACGGUUCUUACCCUUUUGUUAAAUACUGUUGAAAUAUUAUCACGGACCCUCUUUUUAGAAUUUUAAAUUAGCUCUAGAAUUGUUUUUUUUAUCACAUUGUUUCCCUCCCAGGUGGUUGAUUUAGUCAGGUCUGAAUCCAAGAAAUGAAGAGUUUUGCGGAACUCCGCUAAAGAAAUAACUCAUCGACCAUUUUCCUUACACCUUCUGUCUUCUCUGUGCCACCUCAGCCAAAUACUUCUGUAAUGUCUCUUGACAACACAUUCUAGCGUAAAUUUUUAGCAUUGCGUUAGCAUUAGCUCUUACAUUUGUUUUCGUCAAACUGUAGUUCUUACCCCCACUGGUAUAGUCCAUUGGUCUUGUAAGACUCUUAUUAUGAGCCAAAAUUUUGUAAUAAUGACAGCGGGAGUUAGCAUUAGCAUAGCAUCUUUGGCAGGUCAAGACGUACCCUUGAAAAUGCACCCGGCUAACUUGACGGUACUCCACGGCCUUGCUCGAUUUUCCAAUUUCAGUUUGUUAGCGCUAGUGGAACGUCUCAAAGGUUUCACACCUGAUAAAAAAAGAACUAACCCACAGAUUCUCUUCACUGCUUUUUACUCUUUUUUUUGUUUUUUUGCGGUGCUGGUUGCCUUGGCGGCGCUCGAGCGUGUCCUCGAACCCCGAGCCCUUAACACCGUCUGUUUGCAUCCAUACCUUCAUGUUGUAACCUCAUACUUCAGUGUCUUUUGCUGUCGCACACCGAGUCCUCAAAACCGUUUGUAGCGGAGCCGUAACAGACGAUCCUUACAAACGUUGGCAACCGAACCUUUUGUUACGGCUCUGACGCUAACUCCGACGUGUAUGCAAUCGUUGUCGGCCGGUGGCAAUUGUUUUCAAGACGGUGUGAAAAGUGAGUCAGGUCUUCCCACCCCCCGGUCCCACCGCCUUCCCGGCCUUACCUUUUUACGCAAUCUCGCCUUUGUUACGGCUCUGAUACUACCUCCAAAGCCGGAAUAUUGCCGAAUAGAUGUUUCCCCUCAUUCCAUGUCAGUGCUGUAAGCCCCACUCUUGUUACGCAGUGGUACUCAAAUUUGAAGAACCUCAACAUUCAUCGGAUACUGUACAUACAACUGGAUUGUUUUAUUGGAUUGUUCUUGUUAUUAAUAUUUAAUUGUUUGUUUGUUUUCAUGUUGGUUUACAAGUUCUGUAAUGACUGCGAGCAUGUGGUGCAUCUGAACCGCAAAAUGUUUUCCCAGGCGGCCAUUUUGUGGUUAAAAACACCAAGUACACUACAGAUUAUUUAUGGUUAAUAUAUCAUGUAAAACUCACAGGGUUUUUCCUAGCUCAAAUUGAGGCUGAUGUGGUCCCACUCUGAUCAAGUAUUUACAUUUAUUUUUAUUUUUAACAUUUUUUUAAACACACCACCUGCUUUCAUAGAUAUACUUCAAACACUUGUGCGUAUUUUCUUGGACACAUUGGCAAGAAAAUGAUUUUCGCAGCAUUUCUGAUAUGUAAUAAUUUCAUUUAUAAAUAAAUGGUGGUUGGUGAAUAAUUAGUUUUCAUGAUGUCAGUGCCCCAAAUUAGCAGAUGGACUCCUCAAAAUUUUGUGCUGGAAAAAUCCUGCAAUUUAAGGUACAAUUUAUACAAUCUCUUGAUGAUUUAAUGUUAAAUAAUAACGCUAACAAAUUAUGUCAUUAAUUUUUAGUGUUUUUUUUCCUAUCAAACCUUAAGAUCUGUGAUUAUUUGUGUUAGCAACAAUGCUAACUCCAAAAAGUGCUGGGACCACGCCUAUAUUACAAAAAUAACUUUUGCCCAUGCGCUACUUGGCUAUGCAGUUAGCAUCCUAAUAUAUGGAAGCAUUUAUUCGAUAAACUUGAUAUCCAUUUAAGGUCCAUGUACUUUGACCUAUGCUAAAAAAAUCACCAGUUGGAUAUGCAAACCUGACAGUAAAAAGAGAGAACUCCUCCUCCUUUUGUCUGGUCCUGCUGAUUUUUAAUUGUUUGCUAUUUGAGGCGUAUUUUUUUACCCAUUUAACACCAGUUAGAGUGGACAAAUGUUUCACGAUGAGCACUUUGUAUCUGGGUCGACCUCCCUUGUUGUGACUUUAUUGCCUCUUGCACAACUUGAGAAAGAUUUUACUUUUAAUUUUUUUUCCUUGUCGGUUGUCAUAAAAACAUCCUGUUGACCAGUCCAAGCCUUUAAACUAAUGAUACGGAGGAGAAAACGUUCAUUUAAAUGAUUGUCUGAAAUGCUUGAUAUGUUUAAUUCGUUGUGUAUGUGUAUAUAUAGACAAAAGAUUUUUUUUUUUCGUUGUAAAUAUGAAUAAUAAUGAUCUAUCCGACACCAGCAAUUUUUCUCUCAUUUUAGCCUGGCAAGCUUUCACAUACAUCGUCUGUAUUGUAAUACGAGUGAUAGAGACACGAAUUGACAAUCGUGAAAAAAAACAUCAGCGAUACGAGCAAUGUCUCUGGAAGUAUGACGAUAUCCUACGAUUAUUUCAACGAUACAAAUCGGUAUCACGAUACAUCAUUUAUAUGAUUGGGGGGGGGGGGGAAGUCAUGGCAGACAAUAGGAGUUACAAGGGAAAAUGCACGAUAUUUUUACUCACUUCAAAUUGUGUCAAAUACGCUGAUUGCACGUGAAAUUCAUCGUAAGAAAACGACAUAAGAUUGAUUGUAUAUAUAUGGAUCCAUAUAAAAAAUACCUGUGUGAUAUAAUGGAAGAAAACGAAUUACUAAAAAUGAAAUCUUAUCGUUACAACAAAUGAAAACGCGACAAUUUUGUCGCAGUAAAAUCAGUAGUUUCACGAUACAGCUCCACACAAAUUCAAUUUUAGCCUUUAUUUGGGGUAAUGUAGAUUUGACAUGCUUGUGAAAGCUGCCGCUGGUUGUUUCGUCAUCUCUUCUGCUUUUAACACGAAAGAAAGAAAGAAAGAAAGAAAGAAAGAAAGAAAGAAAGAAAGAAAGAAAGAAAGAAAGAAAGAAAGAAAGAAAGAAAGAAAGAAAGAAAGAAAGAAAGAAAGAAAGAAAGAAAGAAAGAAAGAAAGAAAGAAAGAAAGAAAGAAAGAAAGAAAGAAAGAAAGAAAGAAACUAUGCUAUGUGCAAUGCGUAUGUAAUGGUGUGAAUAACACUUUUUCUGAAAAGGAAUAAAAAGUGAAACUGGA